GAAUCAACGUAGACAUAGAAUCUUCUUUUCUUCUGGAUCGUCUCCAACCUACGUGACUUUUCCUCCCACCGGCUCCCCAUAGACGCCUUGGGUCGCCAUCAGCCACAAUGGAUCACUCAACCUCGGCCACUCCUCUCAAGUCCUCCUCAGGCAUCCCAAAGUUUUCUUCCAUCGCAAGACCAUCGACUUCAAGGUUGCCUGCCCCUAACAGUGAACACAAGUCUGCAUUGCCUUCCCCUACCAAACCUUCUGCUUUGGUAAAACCCUCGCCUGCAAAGAAGGCUCUCCCAAGACCACCAUCAUCUAGCACUGGCUUUAGAUCAAGUAUUUCUGGACCCUCUACUGGUAUCAUUCCACCCAGGACAUCGUCACACCGUUCGACAUACUCCAUCUCGGAUCGCUCUGUUACUACGGCCAAAAAGCCUGCUUCACGCCCAGUGUCGUAUAUUGCACAAUCUCGAAGGCCUGUUUCUAGCUUCAUCACGACCAACCAACAGGAGGAUCUAAAUGAUCAACUAGGUUCUCUUGAUGGAUUUCGUAGUGCUUCACGUGCCGCUUCAAGGCAAGGCAAUCAUGAUAAUGAAGACUUUGAUGACGUCCCGACCACCCCAAAUACGAAAAGAGCAGCUCGACUAUCAUUGUCAGAUCGGACUAUGGAGAGUCUUUCGCGACUUCCUGAAACCCCAGGGACUGACAGGCGAAGAUCAAGCUUCUUUGCGCCUCAAAGUCCUAUGGGUCCACCAUCACGUCCGGCUUCUGCUCUGAGCAACGACGAGACUCGAGAAAUGACGCUUCCCAAGCCUACUGGUAAGAUCGUUUCUCCAACCAAACGAACUUCUGCCAUGGUCCCUCCAUCGACAGAAAUGCCUACCAAGUAUUCUACCCCAAGAGCGCCCUCUUCGAUCGGCAUAGCACCUUCUAGAUUGAGCCGUCCUGCUUCAGUAGCAGGAAAAUCUGCUAUAGGUAGCAGCACGCCCAAACCUCCCACGGCGAAGCCGCUCCAACGCACGAGUAGUCUUCGUCAGCCAGGAGCAGGGAUCAGCUCUACUCCCAGACCUAGGCCAACAACAAGUGUUUCGACUCCGGCGAUAAGAACAAGACCGACGCCUGCUACAAUUGUAAAAGUCGCACCUCCGAAAGAAUCACAGACACCUUCCGAGAAGCCGGCCAAUUCUUCCGCGGCACUUAGGGAUCAAAUAGCGAAAGCAAAAGCCGCUAAGAAGGCACCAAGUACAUUGAAGGGACAGUCAGUCUCCAAUGAUUUCGAUCCCUUUGCGGAUCCGUUCAAUACGAGACCUAAGAACGGCAAUGGUCUUUUACGCAAAAGGAUAGAAGCCGCUCGCGGUGAUGGUCGUUUGAACAUUGCGGGAAUGAGCCUCAAACAAAUUCCAGACGAAGUCUUGAACAUGUAUGAUCAGCAAGAGGGCAACAGUUUAAAUUGGAGUCAGAUGACGGAUCUUGUUCGCUUUGUAGCGGCGGAUAAUGAACUCGAGAUCAUCUCUGAUGAUAUCUUCCCGGACAUCACGACUGAGUCGGCAAUGAAUGAUGAGAAAGAAGUCAAGGGAUUGCAAUUUCGCAGCGUUGAGAUGGUUGAUUUUCACGGAAAUAGUCUUCAGACAGUGCCUGCUGGUCUGCGCUGGUUGGAGAGGCUGACUGUCCUGAACCUGUCUCACAACAAAUUGGGCAAUGCCAUCUUCGACACAAUCGGUCAGCUCGAGACUUUGAGUGAACUCAGAUUGGGCAACAACAACUUGACUGGGUAUCUUCCUCAGACAAUAGGACGCUUGAACAGCCUCAGAAUACUGGAACUGCAACACAAUAAGCUUCUUAGUCUCCCAGAUGGCUUACGCGAACUUGUUGACUUGCAAAUCCUCAACGUCGCUGGGAACCAACUCACCGGGCUUCCUAUGGAUGUUUUGGAGACAUUGCCUAUUAUACACCUCAACGCUUCAAAUAAUGCCAUGGUCGGCGCUCUGUUUCCCUUCAGCGUGUCAGGGCUUGCCAAACUCGAGUAUCUGGAUGUUGCAAACAAUUCACUAGCUUCGCUUGCGUUCUCUGAGAAUCUGUCAUUACCCGCGAUCAAAUCCAUCAACAUGGCAAGCAAUAGAAUAGUUGCACUACCAGACAUGUCUGGCUGGAAGGAUCUAAUAACUCUAGCUGCUGCUGACAACAAAAUCUCCGUGCUACCUCAGGGUUUCACAAGUUUGAAACACCUCAAACAGGCCGAUUUGACAGGCAAUGAACUCAGCAAACUUCACGACAACAUUGGUCUUAUGGACUCUCUGGAUGUACUGAAAGUGGCUGCGAAUCCUCUUCGAGAGCGUAAACUCUUGAACAUGUCCACCGAAGAGCUCAAACGUAACUUGGCUCAACGUCUGAGUACACCGGGUCAAGGGGAUAAGGGUGAUGGAUUUGAAGAUGAGGGGAUCGACAUUCAAUCACCGCAUGAUUCCGGCUCACAAUGGGGAGUCGUUUCCGGAACGCUCGAUCUCCGCGAAAGAAAACUUGUGGACGACGAUGCCGACGUGCUUCGAUCAAUAUUCGGGACCGAAGAUGUCCGCGAACUGAAACUGGCCAAAAACAAUUUCGUCACAAUACCGUUCGAAAUCUCUUUGGCUCAAAAUCUCAGGAUCUUGGACAUGUCAAAUUGUUCGCUCGGAGACAAGUAUUUGAGUGAAGUCCUGACUUUACAAGCUCUUCAGGAACUGUUCUUGGGAAGCAACAAGAUCUCAACUUGGGAACCACUCUUAAGUUUGUUGCACGCGCCACGUCUUUCUUAUCUGGACAUGUCAAACAACAGACUGAUUGGAUCAGUCCCUCGUGUCCGAGAAUCUUUUCCAGAGUUGAAAGUGCUACAUGCUGGGAGCAACAGAAUUGAUGCGGUCUCUGAUGAGGCUCUUGCAGGUCUGCAGUCAGCUGAUCUUGCAGAUAACAACAUUGGCUACAUGCCUCCGGAGAUCGGCCUAUUGUGGGAUCAAGGUCUAAAGGGACUGAGUAUUGGUGGCAACGUUUUUCGCGUACCUUCACAUCGAGUUCUCGAAAAGGGAACGGAAGCUACCAUGAUGUGGCUCAGAGAUAAGAUUCCACAGGAUGAUGAAACAUUUUGAGACGAGAGGAGACGAGUAGUGGGAUGACAAUGUCUGCUGGCAGAGGGUCGUCUAGAUUGGGUCAUGCAAUAGUGUGUGGCUGAGUGUCGGAUAUUUUUCUGACUUGUAGACUUUUUCGUAUUCGUCUUUUCUAUUCUUCAAUUGUCUCGUUCGUUUUAUGUCGAUUGGAAGUAUGUGACCGUGGUGAGUGAGUACAAGACUCUCGAGAUCCUCUUAGCGGGUUACACAGGAAAUCAAGAAAGCAUUCCACCCUUCCGUAA